UCUCUAGAGGGCGCUUUCUCGGCCGUUAUGAGAAAGGCGUUGUAAAAUUGUGUUUCCUGACUACCCUACACAGAAGUCUUGUUGGUGCGCACUAAAAACAAGUCAUGAAAGCGGUAUUGUUGUCAUUUCUGUUGUUUGCUGUGUUUCAUCCAGGAAAAGUUCAAAGUAUAACCAUCAACUCAAUAUCUGACGAAUAUGUAGACAACGGGGUAACAUUCAGCAUUGGCUGUUAUGUUAAUGGUGCAACAGCAGGGACAGUAUUACAGUGGUCUCGCACGAACGAAGAAGGUCGAAGUAUUGGGAUCACACACAACAACGACAUUCUCCCAGCACAGUAUAGAUCUCGUUACUCUAUAUUAAAUGCUGGAGUGUCAUCGCGCCAGUACAUCCUUACGAUUAGAAACGCGCAGCUGGUGGAUGCGGGACAAUGGACGUGUAAUGCCUACCCAGAAUUUGGAGAAUCCGUUUCCAUGGAGGCUAUGGUUACUGUGUUUAGUCCACCAAUGAUAACUGCGAUAUCACCGUCUCCAAAUGAUCUGCGUUUGGAUCAGAACAACCGGAACUACACCCUCUACUGCAAUGCCACUGGUAGCCCGAAACCGACCAUCAAAUGGCGACGUUUGAUGCCAGAGUACUUGCCCAACAUGCGACCUUUCGAGAUCGGAAGGCUUUUGAAUCUAACUAGUAUCACAGCUAAUCAUAGGGGAGUCUAUGAGUGUGUGGCAUCCAACGGGAGAGGGGAGGCUGCCCGGGGGAAGGUCAGGAUCACAUUUUCAUAUAAACCAGAGGUGAAACCAGUGAAAGAAUCUAUCAUCUUGCCUAAGAAUGUUGCUGGCAACAUCAGCUGUGCUUGCGAGGCAUCUCCCAAGGUGACGAGAGAUAACGAAGUUCGUUGGUACAAAGACAACAUUCAGCUUGUGUCAACUGACACCCGGAAUUACCUCAUGGAUGUGGAAGUGUAUGCUCGUGACAGAGAUACAGACCGUAGUGUGGCUAUCCUGACUAUUCGCAACGUGACUAGUGACAAAGGAGGAGAGUACAAAUGCAGAUUUGUGAAUAAUGUCGGCCAAACAGAAAGGUCCAUUAACGUCCAAGUUGGCGCUGUUGCUGAUCCAAAAGCAGGGCGGGUGCCUUCUGGUGCCGUUGCAGUGGGACCAUCAGCAUUUGGCCUAACAUUCAUCAUGGUACUUCUCGUUGCAUAUUUCCAGUAAAACUACCAGAUCACAGCAGCGGUCUUGUGUAAAUAUAUCUUUGAAGGCCAUCGAAAGUGUUUUCUGUUUCCGUAAGUUUACCUACAUUAGAAUCUGUAAUUUUGUAAUUGAGUGAAUACACAGAUAGCAAUGCUGGGCUACAAGAAGAAUGUACGGUAAUAUCAGGAUAAUUUUAGUUCAGUUGAUUUUACACUAUGAUUUUCAGUGUUAUUUUAAAUAUUUUAAUAUCUGAAUUCUUGGCAAUGUUUCAACUUGUACAGUUCAGUAUCAUCUUACUAAUAAAUUAGUAACACAUUUUCUUAAAAAUUAAUAGUGUUUUUUUAAUGGUCCAAAAUAUAUUUAUAUACAAUUUUGUAUAUUUUACCACAGAAACAAUAAGAAUGUUAAGUUCCCCUACCCAUUUUAGGAGAAUGUAAAUAGUAUUUUAUAUUUUUUAGAUUGUGAUAUUUUUUAUUUAGAGUUUUUUACAUAUUUCCUUUCAACACCAACUUCCACCCCAAAUAUAAAUAAUGACAUUCUGCAAAUUUUAUAAAUUGGAAAUAUAAAUGAUUUAAAAAAUGGUGUAUGUAUGAAUUUGGUACUUUUCAAGCUACAACUAAUGAAUUUGAAAUUUUAACCCUUGAUAUAACCCCUGUGGCUACCAUCUUACCUGCCAAAAAAUACAUGAAUGGUGGUUUACCAUGAAUCAAGUUAAAAAAGAAAUCUUGACUGGACGAUCCUGAUUUAAAUUAUCACUGUACUUGGGCAGCACAACAUUUUUUUAGCUUUAUCUCAAUAAUUGUGAAUUAAAAUUACCAAUAGUACUCCUAUUCCAUGUUUUAGUUUUCAAGAAUAUAAUUAGUAUGUUUUAUUGUGCUUUGUGAUAGGUGUCUUUAGUGUGUUACUGAACAUUUUUUGUGCUGAACUAUAUAAAGUGAGAUGAAGCAAAAUACAAACUGAUAAAAGCACUAAUAAUUAUAUAAAAUAAACAAAAUACAAAAUAAUAACAUUUUGUUUACUUUAGCAAUAUAUAUUUAGGAUUUUAAGUCAAUUAAAGCUAAGCAUAUAUUUAAAAGCAUUCACAGACAUUCUAUAUUAUACCAACUACAUAAAUUCCAGGCAUUUGAUUGGUUAAAAGCCAGGCAGUAGUUUCAGCUAUGGCCUCCUACCUGGUUAUUGUAUGUAGUGGUAUAUAAAACAAGUAUUUACUGGGAUUUAUAAUCAGGUCAUAGUUCAAAUUAUAACCCUUGGUGAUCUGGUGGCUGUACUAUAGCCCUCAACUUCAUCUCGGGAUAUAGUAGUUACAGUACAGCCUCCAGAUGAACUCAGGCUAUAUUUUAAACCUUCAACCCAGUAAAUGCUUUUUAUACUAUUGACCUUGAUAUUUUACAUCUAUACCGUUCAAUUCUAUUUUUAUAAGAACUUUUCUGGUAAAUAUGAGAAUCUAUAUUCAAUCUAUUUUCUAUAGUAUUUAUAUAUUUAGAGAGAUAGAAAAAACAAACAGGCUUGUCAGUUUCUUGGGAUUCUUUUAGACAGGGUGAUGUUAUAUUUAGUGCAAAUAUGUAGUUAGAUAGGUAUUUAGACAUUCCAAUAAAUAUGUAAACCUUGAUAUGGAACAGAUAAUGCUGUUAUAGGUGUCCUUGUUGUAAUGUUACAGAUGUUAUGAGACAUCAAUGUUACUAAUAUAAAAUGCCUUGUUUUUUAAAAUAAUAAUUAAGUAGUUAACUUUGCCUUCCAAUACUUUUGCGUGUUUUUUGAAAUGUGAAUUUCAUUUUUAUUGAAUUUUAAUGCUGCAUUCAGCUUUGUAACGGUUAAAUUUGAGAAUAAAGAAGGCAGAACCCGAAGAAAAGAUGCAUAAGAUACGAAUGAUUGAGGAUUAGUUUUUAUUACAUUUUAUUCAGUGAUAGAUAAAGUGUUUAUAUCUCCAUAGAUGUUUGUGUAUCCUAUGCUUCUGCACUGCUUACACGUCUUAAGCCAAUUGACUAAUUUGUAUAUCACUUUAAAGUGAUGCAAUUUUCAAGAACAAUACUAACAAUAAAAUAUUUCUAAAAUAUAGACAAA